AUGUCGCCGCCAUUGUGCGAGACAUGCGCAGGCUACGAGCUUGACAAGCUUUUCAGUUCCGGAUACAACCAGCAUGCACUGAGCUGGGAUAUCUAUCGCCUCCGACAGAGUUGCGGGUUCUGUCGUUUACUCGGCUGGAUUCUUUCCAGAACAGAUUUUGAAGAGGGAACUUGCGAUAUCAUUGAAGGCGAAACCAGAGCGCUUGAAGGUGGUCAAAGAGCCCUUUUCUUUCGCCUCGAAUCCAGUACGUCAAGCACAAAAUUUGUGAAGUGUCCCUAUAUUGUUCUCCCUCUGGCAAGCGGUUUUUCGUCACUAAGUGUUGGCUUCACUCAUAUGGCACGUACUGUAGACAGCCAAAUGUUUGAUGCCAGUCUUGCAAAGGAUUGGUUAGAGCAAUGCGAUCAUAAUCAUGGUAUUGAAUGUGGAAUGGGCUCAAGGAUACCGCAAUCGACGUCUGAAAUACGUUUAAUCGACAUUGAAUCCCAGUGUAUAGUACGGGCGCCAGCGACCUGUCGAUACGUGGCUCUCAGUUAUGUGUGGGGAGAAAAUGUCGAACAGCCGACGCUCACCCAAAAUAACGAGCGAUUUCUACACACUUGGGGUAGCUUGGAGACACUACACAUACCACAGACCAUCAAAGACACAAUGAAGGUCUGUAAGCUAUUGGGUUUGAGAUAUCUCUGGGUCGACAGUCUGUGCAUUGUGCAAGAUUUGGAAGCAGACGUACGAAGACAGAUUGCUCACAUGGACAUCAUAUUCCGCAGAGCGUACUUAACGAUCAUCAUUGCCACAGGAAGUGACUGCAAAGCAGCAAUCCCUUCCGUAUCUCAGCCGCGUGCUGCUAUUCAGUUUGUGGCUGACAUUAAUGGUCUUAGAGUGGGCACAGUGCUCCUUCGCGUUCGAGAUGAAAUCUUGAAAUCAAAGUGGAGUACAAGAGCUUGGACUUUGCAAGAGUACUCCUUAUCCUUUCGAAGCUUAAUUUUCACACCGAAGGGCGUUGUAUUCUCAUGCUCUGAAGGAGUGAGAAGGGAAGACAUGUCUGGAUAUUGGAGCAAGAGUCUACCAAGGAAAGAUAGAUACAUGUUUCCUAUCGUUCUUGAUUUCUUUGUGGCAAAUCGGGUGGAUUUGGAUAUUUUACGACAAGUGUAUGCCCCACUGGUGACAAACUUCACAAGGCGGCAUAUCACUUACCCGAAAGACAAUCUGAAUGCUUUCCAAGGUAUUCUUGCUGCUCUUACCCCUGCUCUCAAACGUUUUGCUUGGGGGCUUCCGGCUGAAAUCCCCGAACAUAUGCAGUAUGCGCUUUGUUGGUCGCGAGCUGAUGCGGCAGAGCGAGUAAAAGAAUUUCCAAGUUGGUCUUGGGCGGGAUGGAAGACGUCUGAGAAUGGGAAGAUUCUUUUAAAUGGAGCACAAUUCCUUGAUAGCCAACGAGCAGAUUCAAUCAGGCGAAUCGGAGACGUGGCGCGACCGUUCAAAACGGAGGUGGCAAGUAUUGUCUACAAAGGCGAAGCUUCGGCCCGGGUGAAGUUCUCUGGCCGUAGUAAUAGGAUGUUGCACAUCAAAACUUGGGUUGCCCGCAUCAAUAUUUCCACCCAUGAAGACUUUGAGGAAUGGCUGCAAGAGAAUGAUCCUGAUGACGAGUUCCUACCAACCAUUUACGAGUAUCUUGCGACCCCGAGGGUUCGUGAUGCGAAAGACUGGUUUCGACAGGCAGGGUUAUUUAUCCUGUUGGCAGAUGCGAGCGAGUUUCUCAUUGCGUUGCCCGUGAGGCAAAGUGAAGAUCCAGACGUUUACUUCAGGACUGGAAACCCGACAUUCAUGCGACCUGUGUUAUGGGGAGCAUACAAGCCAAAGAGCAUGGAGAUCCUGCUUUCUUGAACAGCAAUAUGAAAUAAUAGGGAGCGCUGGGUGACUGUUAGCAGUCAAUGGGCCAUUUGAGAUUUGUAUUUGUAUACAAACUGCUAAACGGGCUCUACUCU